UAGAACACCACAAAAGCCAUAAUACAGAUCCAGUGGGCGCCCAUUAAGAUUAUCUUAUACCAGAAGGCUCACCAACGCAUUCUUUGACUCUUCUCCUGCUCUUAAUUACGUUGAACUUUCUAUGAGAAAACCUCACCAAUUUUCUUUCGUUCCAAAACAAUAAAUCCAAGCCGAAGGGCAUCAUUUCUCUCUAGAGAUUGUUGUAUGUGAAGAAACAGAGUUGUGAUGGAUUUUGGGAAUUCGCUCGCGCUUUCUCUCUCUUUUCUUUUCCUUCUCGCUCAUCUGUCCCAUUCGGCUAUUCAAUUGCCCGGAUGGCUCGGAGACAAGAAUACGCAGGAAUCGGUGCUGAGAUUGAAUAAAGGUGCUUUCACCGCUCCCUUUGAUCCCACUCGCGUCACUCCACUCUCGUGGCAUCCCAGGGCUUUCGUUUAUAAGAAAUUUCUGACCGAUGCGGAGUGCGAUCACCUAAUCAAUUUGGCAAGGGAUAAGCUAGAGCUGUCAAUGGUGGCCGAUAAUGAUUCUGGUAAGAGUAUUAAGAGUGAAGUCCGAACGAGCUCUGGGAUGUUUCUUCAGAAAGCUCAGGAUGAAAUAGUCGCUGGUAUUGAGGCCAGGAUUGCUGCAUGGACCUUCCUUCCAGUAGAAAAUGGGGAGUCCAUGCAAAUACUGCACUAUGAGCAUGGUCAGAAAUAUGAACCACAUUUUGACUUUUUUCAUGACAAGGUUAAUCAAGAAAUGGGUGGCCACCGGGUUGCUACCGUAUUGAUGUAUUUAUCUGAUGUUGGGAAGGGUGGGGAGACAGUUUUUCCCAAUUCAGAGCGAAAGAUGUCUCGAUCAAAUGAAGAUGGCUGGUCUGAUUGUGCUGAACAAGGCUAUGCAGUGAAACCUAGAAAGGGCGAUGCCUUGCUGUUCUUCAGUCUUCAUCCUGAUGCAACUACAGAUAACAAAAGCUUGCAUGGGAGCUGCCCUGUUAUUGAGGGUGAGAAGUGGUCGGCAACCAAGUGGAUUCACGUGAGAUCCUUUGAUAAACCAUCGAAGCAUGAAAACAAUGGGAAUUGUGUGGAUGAGAAUGAUAACUGCCCUAUAUGGGCUAAGAAUGGUGAGUGUGAAAAGAAUCGUGUUUACAUGGUGGGCUCUGAGGACUCUUAUGGAUACUGUAGGAAGAGUUGCAAGGUUUGCUCAUCCUAGGAAGACCAUUUUCCAGUUUUUCCUUUGUUCUAUACAGGGAGAGGGUUAAUCCUCUAACUGUUGUAUAUAAUAUUUUGAGCUGUGACUUAGUGGAACAUCUAUCAGAGUUGCUCGGACCUAAUUUAUUUAGCAUUAAUUUGUGUUUUUCAUA